UAUUUUCAUCAUGGCGGCCAAAACAAAAGUUCAUCGACUCGAAUCUGAGAUCGAAAAGAGUCGAUCUGAGGCCAAAUGGGGCAAAUGUAUAGAAUUAGCAGCUCAGGUCACAAGUAAACAACCUAGUCUAGAGCUGUUGGUGAAACUAGUAAUAGGCCAGAGCAGACUUGAGCAGUACUUGGAAGAAAAUCCACCCUCAGAGAAGAACACCAUUAAAGCAAGAAGUGGACUGCGUGACGUCGUGGCUCAAUUCACACAAGUCAUACAUGCCAAUCCAAAGGAUGCAUCUGUGUUGAAUGAGGCCCAGCUUCUACUUGGUAAGGCCCAGUAUGCCAUGGGGGCAUAUAAUGAAGCUCUGGCAUCCUUUGAGAAAGUCAAUCUGGAACAAAUCCCUGUAAAGAGUCUCUCCAAUUCCACACUGAGGAUCAUAGCAGAGUCCUAUGCAAUUAAAGGUAUGUGUCUCGAGAAGUUACCAGCAACGUCUAAGUUCAAGCGUGCAGAGAAAGAGGAGAGAAUACUGAGGUGCUAUGAGAAAUGUGGGGACAUUGCCCUACUGUAUCUACAAGAAAAAGAGAAGGACAGCACUGGUAACUCACUGAGUCUCACCCCUGGGAGUUCAUGGAGCUGGAGUAGCAGUGAAGGCAAGGAAAAUGUUGGCAGUAUUAUAGAGACAGCCAUACAGAGGUCACCUCUGCAGUACAUCAAGAAUGGGGAGCUCUGUAAAGGAAUCAAUAGAUUCAGAGAUCUCUUAAGGGCUGUAGAGACAAGAUCUGUUCAGGGCCUAAGACAGACUCUAGCCCGUCAGUUAGCAGAGGUAUUGUUGCGUGGUGUUUGUGAAAAAACUUACCAUAAACCUCAAAUUUCAACCCCAUACAAUACAUUAACGGAGAAAGAUGGUCUUACCCUUUGCCCCCGGACAUACACAGGAGAUAGGCUAUUUUCCCCUCAUGAUGAAAAUGAAGAGACAUUGCUGCUACUCCUAAUAGCUGAAUCCAUGGCAACGCGAGAAGCUGUGCUAAAUAGAUCCCCUGAACUACUGGAUCAGAGACUACAUACAUUCCAUAAUACUACAGCUGUAUAUGACCUUCUCACAUUAUGUCUUGUUAAACGAGCCCAGUUUGAAAUGCUUUCUGAGACGUUUGAGAGAGCCAUGAGGUUUUCAUUUGAUGAGUUCCAUAUCUGGUACCAGUUUGCCCUCUCCCUUAUAUGUGCUGAGAAGCCCACCAGAGCUCUUCUAGUGCUGCGUGAAUGUUCAAAGAUGGAACCAAGGAAUGCAGUUCUGAUGUUGCAGGCGGCAAAGCUAUGCUACGAGUCUUUACAUCUUAUUGAUGAAGGUCUAGAGUUCUCCGAGCGUGUAGUGGACCUUGGAGAACAUGGUCUGCUUGGCAAGGGUUAUGUUGCUGUUGGGAUGGGUCAGUGCCUUAAGGCUAGUGAGUCUAAGACCAGGCUAGAGAGAGAGGAACUCCAUCUUAAGGCACUACAGGCAUUCCAGAGAGCCCACAGUUGUGACCCACAGGACUAUCUGGCCUUAUACCACCUUGCCCUGCAUCUGGCAACACUACGCCAGGUAUCAGAGGCGGUGAAGUACACUAAGAUGGCGCUUGAGAAGAAAGCAGACCAUAUUCAUUCCCUACAUCUUCUAAUACUACUGUUAUCUGCGCAGAAACAAUAUCAGGAAUCUCUAGACCUUAUGGAGGCCACGUUGGCAGAAUAUCCUGACAAUCUCAGUUUACUGUUCACAAGGUCCAAACUCGAGGAAUGUCUGUUUGGUAGUGAAGAGGCCCUAGGAACAUGUUUAGAUAUGUUGAAGAUAUGGCGCAACUUGUAUGAAACAUCCAUAGAUCAUGAUGAGCGCCGGGGCACAGGUCUUAUAGAGAAGGUCACUGCAGACAAGAGAGGUCUUGCACAGUUACAGCUAACAGAACUACGCAGUGAAGAUUCAGGUUCUGUGAGAGCUGACUCCAUAGCAGCUUCUAGAGUAGAACAAGCCCUUAGUGAUGUAGCAUCCUCUAUGAACAGUAGUCAUAUACCUAAACAAGGCCCCCAACAUGCUUGGGCAUUACAGACACAAAUAUGGUUGCAUUUAGGUGAGCUAUAUUUAAAUGAGGACAGGGUCGCCGAUGCUAAUGCCAGUGUACAAGAGGCGGCCACUAUAUACCCCUUAUCCCAUCAGGUCUCAUAUAUGAGAGGACGUGUCCAUGAACACAGGAGUGAAUUUGAAGAUGCCAAAAAGUGCUAUGAAAAUGCACUCUCCAUAAACCCAGUCCACAUCAAAAGUCAACAGCAUUUAGGAAUGGUGCUUCAUCACUUGCAUAAAGACAGAAUGGCAGAGAAAGUUCUACGAGAUUCUGUCAACCUUGACCCGACAGCAAGCCAGUCCUGGAACAAUUUAGGAAUUGUAUUGCAAUCACUUGGGGAGUAUGAUAAGUCAUCAGAAUGCCUUGCUGCAGCAGUUGAGCUAGAUUUGACCAGUCCAGUUAUACCAUUCCAUGUUCUACCAAAGCUUCUGUAGCAGAAGCUUAACAGGAGGACCAUAUACACUAGCAGGAGAACAUCUGACGCUGGUGCAUCAGGAAGGCCUUUGACAGUGGUUGAUGUUGAAUUAUGGGUCUCUUGUGUAUCAUACUGGAAAAAUUAACUGUUCUAGAUCAAAACUUACUGGCUCCAAGAGAAACUGGCUCCUUAUGUGCAGCAAAUUUUUGGUUUGUUUACAAAAAGACCUAAUAUGAUGAUUAUGAAACGGUUUUGCAAAUCAUUUUGUUUCAGAAUUUUCUUUCAUUUUAUAUAUAUUUAUACAGAAUAAUGGAUUUGUGCCAAAAGGAUUUGGGUGGAUUAAUCUUUUUAGGGUUAAAUGAAAUUCAUUUCAUUUAUUGAGAAAGUUGACAUGUAUUUAAGAUACCUCAUUCCAAAUCAUAUCCACUGCCAAGAACUGAUAUGAAAGUUAAAUGUACUAUAGAAAUGUGAUAUCAAUUUUGCACACAUAAUCAAUGUUUCGUGUCCCUGAAUUCAUGAAUAUUCAAUGUUAAUUCAUGUGCACAAAUAUUAAAGUGUUUCAUA